CUCCUCUCCUCUCAUUCUUCUUACUACUUGUCACCUCUCUUCAUAGACAUUUCCAGUUGUUUCUCCUUCUUUUGUAAUAUUCCUGUUUUGAUUGGCAGUGGUAGUUUAAACAAGUUUUGAUUGGCAGUGGUGACAUUUCCAGUCGUUUCUCCUUCUUUUGUAUUCCUGUUUUGAUUGGCAGUGGUAGUUUAAACAAGAGCUGAUUGAUCAGAAGCCAAUUGAUUUUUUCCCUUCUUGGUAUUUGUUAUCUCUUCGAACUAUAAAGUUCUGUUGGAUAAUGGAAAUUAGAGAUUUUUGGUUUGAAUCCAUUUGAAUUUUCAGGGAGACUUCUCAGUUAUGGUAUCAGAAAAGAGGUUCUUCGGUUCUGUUUUUUUCCUUCUUCUUUGUUUUUUUGGAGGAAGAAAAUUAGAGCUUGUUUGAUACAACCUAUUUGAAUUUUAUAGAGUUUUCAAGUUUGGUUUAAGAAACAAAAAGAAACAAAGAAAGCUCUUUCUGUUAUUUCCGUUUGGUUUUUUUUUUUUUUUUUGGGCUACCUACUAACAACAAUUUGAGCUACUGGGUAACAACCCAUUUGAUUUUGAGAAGAAUUUCAGGAUUGAUUUAAAAAAUUGUUUCUUUUGGUUGUUUCUGUUAGUCGGAUUAUCCAGAGAAAUAAAAAUUAGAGCAAAUUAGCCAUAGUUCAUUUGAAUUUUAGACAGUUGUUCAUGGUUUCAGACAAGGCGGCUGGAACUCAGAACAAGGCACUUCAAGGAAUGGAAAACGGUUCUAUUCUCGCCCAAAGAGAGGAUCAAAUGGAAUUGCCUCCAGGUUUCCGAUUUCAUCCCACUGACGAGGAGCUCAUCACUCACUACCUCUCAAAGAAGAUGGUUGACGGCAGCUUCAAUGCGAGAGCAAUAGGAGAAGUGGAUUUAAAUAAAUGCGAGCCUUGGGAUUUGCCAUGGAGAGCGAAAAUGGGAGAGAAGGAAUGGUAUUUCUUCUGUGUAAGGGAUAGGAAAUACCCAACUGGAUUGAGGACAAACAGAGCUACUGAAUCUGGGUAUUGGAAAGCCACAGGGAAAGAUAAGGAGAUUUACAGAGGAAAGACGCUUGUUGGCAUGAAGAAGACCCUUGUUUUCUACAAGGGUAGAGCUCCCAAAGGAGAGAAAACUAACUGGGUUAUGCAUGAAUACAGGUUAGAGGGGAAGUUCUCUCUCUAUAAUAUCCCAAAGACUGCUAAGAAUGAAUGGGUGAUCAGCAGGAUAUUUCAAAAGAGCUCCGGAGGGAAGAAAACCCAUCUUUCAGGGCUGAUGAGGAUGAGCUCUCUAGGAAAUGAUUUGGGUUCUUCGCUUUUGCCGCCACUGAUGGAUUCUCCCUACAGUGGCAGGACGAGAACCUCUGUAUCUGAUGCUGCUCACGUGUCCUGCUUCUCCAAAGCAAUGGAGGGACACAAAAGCCAGGAAGACAUGAUGGACAGCUUCAACUCCUCUCUUUUUCUAACUUCUUCAAACCCUCCUGAGAUCUCACCUUCUUCAUUCAUUUUCUCAAAGAUCACCCUCCCAACCGCUUUCUACCCCACUCAAGGAGUUCCAAAUCCAGGUAACCUGCAAUACCCAAGUUCUGGUUUGAUGCAAGACCAGGCCAUCUUGAGGGCUUUGCUCGGAAACCAUGGAUCCAGCAUGAAACAGAAUUGCAAAACAGAGAGGGAGAUGGUUAGCAUUUCACAAGAAACAGGGCUGACUACUGAUAUGAACACCGAGAUCUCUUCGGUUAUCUCAAAUCAUGAGAUGGGUAGAAGGUGUUUUGAAGAACAAGAAGACCCAUCAGCUACAGCAGGUCCUGUUGAUCUUGAUUGCCUUUGGAACUACUAACGAUGAAGAAAGGAAGGGAAAAAGAAAAAGAAAACAGUAAUAGCUUCAGUUGCAAUUAGUGUGUAUAAUUGGAUGGUUUGUGUAUAAAUUUUCAGAACUCAAAUAACAGUACCAGAAAAAAGAUGAAUGUUUUCAUGUAUUAGAAGAAAUUAAGGUCCUCUAUAUCUUUCCUUUCUUUU